CGGUUAUAUAUACUACAACAUUUGAAGAGAUUUCAACAACUUCAUCAUCAACAACCUCUGAGGCAGAUAUUACUACUGGAAAUAUGACUCCUCUGAUUAUUACUAAUACAUCACCUACUCCAAUGGGUAGAACUACUGCAUCUCCUGCAAGAGUUUCAACAACCUCUACAUCAUCAGCAACCUCUACUACUGCUUCUGCUUCUGGAAAUACUACUCCCCUGGUCAUGAUCACUUCAUCGGCAGGAGCUUUAAGAACCAUAACAUCAAGUAUUCCAACUUCAACAACUACAAAAAUCAGAGGAAUAACCACAGCAGCAACAGGGGUGUCAGGAGAUAAUACUUCUACAACUAUUAUUAAAACCACUACACUCACCUCUACACUAGAAACAGUCACAGAUGAAACAGCAUCCACUUUGUCAGAGAACACUGUUUUAACACCUGAAAAUACUACUUCAGAGUUUACAUCAGAUUCAUCAUCUGACGAAGUUUCAACAACCAGUACAUCAUUUGAAACAACUAAUACUCCUUCUACUCCUGAAAAUAUUACACCAACGGUUAUAUAUACUACAACAUUUGAAGAGAUUUCAACAACUUCAUCAUCAACAACCUCUGAGGCAGAUAUUACUACUGGAAAUAUGACUCCUCUGAUUAUUACUAAUACAUCACCUACUCCAAUGGAUAUUACUACUGGAAAUAUGACUCCUCUGAUUAUUACUAAUACAUCACCUACUCCAAUGGGUAGAACUACUGCAUCUCCUGCAAGAGUUUCAACAACCUCUACAUCAUCAGCAACCUCUACUACUGCUUCUGCUUCUGGAAAUACUACUCCCCUGGUCAUGAUCACUUCAUCGGCAGGAGCUUUAAGAACCAUAACAUCAAGUAUUCCACCUUCAACAACUACAAAAAUCAGAGGAAUAACCACACCAGCAACAGGGGGGGCAGGAGAUAAUACUUCUACAACUAAUGUUAAAACCACUACACUCACCUCUACACUAGAAACAGUCACAGAUGAAACAGCAUCCACUUUAUCAGAGAACACUGUUACAAAACCUCUGUUUACCUCCACUGCUUGA